GGUGUUUGCGAGGGGCACUGGGGCGGGCACGGCGUCGCUGCUGAAGGUCCACACCGCCCUCUCCACAUUGUUGGCUGCUCGUUCGCGCUGAGGAGCUCAUUGAGACAGCUGGACAAUCGACUGUCGUAGUCGCGCGCAAUUCACCAUGGUCGUCUUCGCACUGCUCGUCAUCAACAAGGCCGGUGGACUCAUCUACAACCGCAACUUUGCGCCGGGACUCCAGCAGCUCAACUCCAACGACUAUCUCAUCCUCGCCGGCACCUUUCACGGCAUCCAUGCCAUCUCGCGCUCUCUGUCUCCCGUCGCACCUCCUCCUGCACCUCCGGGAAACCGUGCAAACCAGAACACCGGCAUCCAGUCGCUCGAGUCGUCGCACUUUCGCCUGACCUGCUUCCAAACUCCCACCGGCACAAAGUUCCUCGUCUUCACCAGCCCUGAGCAACCAAAUACCGAUCAAAUCGCUCGCAGAUGUUACGACAUCUAUGCCGACUACGUCAUGGCAAACCCCUUCUACAGCCUCGAGAUGCCAAUCCGCGUCGACAAGUUUGACAGAGCUCUGGCCGCCUAUCUCGUCCGCCCUUGAUCACCUGCCAGCUC